AUGCCGAUGUGUGUGUUGUACACCAACCUAAAAGACACGGACAUACCCCCACAACUGGAGACCAGACUCGCAGAGCUGAUUGCUAAAGUCCUGGACAGACCCAUGGAGGUAGGACAUAUGCUCACGCAACCACAAAUCGAUGGACCUGUUCUUAUCUCAACUCAACUGCGUCAGUUCCGCCUGCACAACACCGACCCCGCCUGCUUCCUCCAGAUCACCUGCAUCGGCGCUUUCGACAAGGACAGGAACCCUACGUACAAAGCGCCCAUAUUAGACUUCCUGAAGACCAACCUCAAACUUCAGGCUGAAAGGUCAGUGGUCACUGAUCACAAUCUCGUCUGA